AUGAAGAAUGGCUUCUAUCGGAAAGCCUCUGUUUUCCUCAGAUACUGUCCAUGUCCAGACAGAAAACUGGAGUUCCUGUCUGAAAUCCCUGUGAGACUUGUCAAGUGUGUCAUCAUGGGAACAGCCCCCCAAAAUCAAAUUGUACGGAAACUUCCACUUCUUGACAAAUUAAAGACACCUAAACACAAUGACCAUCUUGAAGUCCUGCAUCACACCUUUGAGACUCUAUCUAGCCUCCAUACGCUGCUUCCAAAUCAUUUGAUGGAGCUACUUUAUUCCUACAAGAGUGAGCAGGACAAACAAAAAUGUGAGAAUUCUGAACAUUCUGGCUUAGAAAGGAUCUUAGCAAGACAUCAGUUUCCAAAAGAGAUUAAUCUGACUCCAAAGCCAAGCCAUAUGCCCCUGUGGAAAAGAAAAGCCAUCAACAAUGCAAGUCAUGGGUGGAAAAAAUGCUACUUGUUGAACAAAAACAUACAGGACCCUCCAAUGUCAACGAUAGUUGUCAGAUGGCUGAAAAGGAAUAUGCAACCAACUGAAGAUCUUCAGUCAGUGAUCCGGAGGCUGUCCGUGUUUGGGCCAAUUCAGUCAGUGAAGCCCUGUGGCCGGCAAAGCGCGAUAGUGGUGUUUGAGAGCCUGGCGUCGGCCUGCAAGGCCGUGAGCGCUCUGCCAGGCGGGACGCCCGGCACGAUGCUGCACUGCUCCUGGCAACAGCCAUUCAUGCUGAAAGAUGUAAGGCUCCCCACCACCAAAAACAUACGUAAGUUCUUCUUUUUCUUACUGUAAAAAUGUCUAUUGCAAAAUGCAGCCUUAAAGGAAAGCAAGGUUCACAUCCAAAUGAAACGCAUGACACCAACUUGGACUUCUGAACACACCGUGGAUGCUGUGCUGGGGAUGCCAAAGCCCAGCCGUGAAGCCCUAACUGAGUCAUCUCACCACACAAAAGUAAACCUUAACCUUCCACACGGACAUUACACACGACGCUGGCAUAGGAUUUGCUCAAAAUAACAUUGCAAUAGAAUAACUGAGAAAAAAACUUCUGUUAAAAAACAAAGUGACAAUGCCAUCUAAAGCUCACGCUCUAGGAAUAUAUUUUCUAUUUAGUACAGAAUUUUUAAAAUGGUGCAAAAGCAGUAUGUGCAGUGCACUGUAUCUGACAUUAAAAAUUAUUCUGCACAGGAUGUCAGAUAAUUACCGUAGGUUUGUGAAACUAGUUUGAAGUCAACAAUCACAAGCCAGGAAGCUCCUCACAGGCAGGAGUGCAAACCGCACGCUGGAGCCGAGGAAGCAGCCAGCCCUCCCGGUUUCCAGGCAGACCCGUCACAGGGAUGCUGCGAGAGCUGCCAGGCUACAUACGCUACAGGCUAACGAACAGAACGGGCUCUUCUUUCUGGCAACGCUUAAAAUCGAAGCAGGAAAAGUCUUGCUCAAAGGCAGCAAGAGGUACCUGGUUAUGGAAAAAUUAUGCUCUAUUAUGUGUGUGAUAUGGUGAGACUGCUAAUUUCAAAAGACUGCAAUAGGUCUAGUGUAUUAAUUUUUUUUAAAGUAUCAGUGGUUGACUCAGAGUAAGUUCUAAAAUGAUCUUUCACGAAACGCUUACCACUCCAAUGAAAGCUCUGACAAUAAAGCUAUCUACGUCGUGGUGCUAUAGAAGUCAUUUUGGAUCUCUCCAAAACCCCUUUCCCCCAAUUCCUUGAUUUUUAUGGAGUCAACUUUGAAUCCCUCAGCUGGUGUUGAAGUGUAACAAAUCUGCUGCAUACUAAAAACCACUGGCUACAAAACAGCUCUCAACAGUUUCGGAGCAUCCAAAAUAAGCACCCUAUGUACUGCCCACCUCUUCCCAUUGAUUGUUUAUGUAAAAUAUUAAAUUGUAAUUUUGCUAAAAAAAAAAAAAAAGAUGGUUAGGGAUAGGGCACCUUUUAAAUUAACUUGACUAUUGUACAGAAUUGUUGCUACCUCAAUAAUUAAAAAGAAAAAUUAUUGUAGCAUCAGUGUAGCAGGAGAGCAACUGUAGCUGCUUCAGUUUCCACCAGCAUUCUUACGGGGAAAGCAAUCAUUUCCACAAGUGGGGAUUUAAGAUAAAUGCCACACACCUAACAAAAUUCAAAUUGUAUAAUAGCUGUAAUUCUAAAAAAUGCAUCUUUUGACUUGGGUAAUUCUAUUUUGGGAAUAAAAAUUAGAUGUGGAAGGCUAAGAGUGCCAGGUUCAACAAGUUUCUCAAAGAUGGGUGAAAUUCUAUUGGGCACCACUGUCCUGGAUGUUACCAACUUUUGGUACUGGGCACUAAAUACAUCCCCAUGACAACCAAAAAUAUGCCCCAGCAUUCCCAAACACUGUUAGGUGACAGCACUACCCCAGCAGAACCACUAGCAUGGUGUCAUCAAAUUCUAUAUGACCAACUGGCUGCUGGGCAGGGUGGGAGCAACAGCCAGGGUCGCCAAGGCCCGGCACAUGGAGAGGCGUUGAGAGGUCUGAGGCCCCACGUGGUCCAAAGCUCCACUGGAGUUAGGAGUUGAACAUCAAACCUAUGUAAAUAUGUUUUUAAGCAUCUCCGUUUUUCAAAAAUACCUCUUUAUUGAUUUCAGAGAGUGGAAGGGAAAGAGAAAGAUAGAAACAUCAAUGAUGAGAGAGUCAUUCAUC